AUGCCUGCGGCAUCUCACCCUCAGGCGAAGUUCGAUCCUAUAUCGCCGGAUCUCGACUUGCGCUCAUUGGUAGAUGAGGUGCCCAAUUUAAAAUGGGCACAGCGAGUUUCGAUAGGCCAACUGCGCGGCUUAGGUCCUCAGGAAUUCGAAAAGCUCGUCCUCAUGCACGUUAUCAAUGGAGGAAAACCGCUUGUCAUCGAAGGCCUCGAUGCGGUUUUGCCAAAGUGGCUUUUCAGCUCUGAGUGGCUGGAGAAAAAGUACGACAAGAAAGGUGAGAAGCGAUUAGAUCCUGUUGACUCAUCAACCGCGAUACUGACUGCGCUUUAG